AGACACCGCAAACUCUGCCCGGACCCUCUCCAUAGCUCCCAUCUUUCGGUGUUUUGGCGCCAAAGGCUGGCGGGCCGUGGCGCUACCAACGCGCUGAUGUUUAGCGGCAACACAACCAGCGAUAGUUCAGCGGCAGUAGCGAAUUCUCAGGCUGUCGUAGUCGAUAUUGCCAAGCAGCAGCAGCAGCAGCAACAAGCGGAUUCGCUUGGACCGGGUUACUUUUGCAAAGGACGGCUCCCGAAGGAAGGUUUCUGCUGGUUAAAGUAAAGACCGUGCUGAAAUUCCAUGAACUAGAGGUAUCAGUAAAAGGCGAAGCACUCUUUGAAUAGCAAUAGAAAGACGGUGCCUGUCCCCGUCCGUCAGUACCUGACGAUUGGUGUCAACUCAAUCGGCUCAGAGCGACAGGCAAACGUGAACUGGAAUGGUGUAAAAUGUGCGAUGGAGCCAACGUCUACUGCACGCUAAUGUUCGUUCCAUAGCUGUUCUUGCCAGAAAUUAAUCGUCUUAUCUCUCACCGUAGAAGUCAACAUACGAAAACGAAGGAGUUUUGCCCCUCCUUCUCCUCCUGGUGGUGCCCAGCUCUGUUAUCGUUAGUAGCCUAUUGCCUGCGAGGAUCAGUAUUGAACAGAGAAGAGUGUUCAUUAAUCAGUACCUUGCUUGCGCCAAAAAUAACUUGAACGUGGACCAAUGAGGUCACUUGCUGCUGAGAGAUAAGUGAGUUAAUGAGUGUGCCGCUGGAAAAACGAUACUGCGAAAAGAACUUGCGUAGGAAGUAGGGCUGUAUCUGGAUCUGUUAAAGAACACUGGUAUACACACGCUUACCCAUCGACAGCGUCAAGCGAUACCGUCCACUGUACCUUACAAUGUGUGACAUGACAUAGCGGAGUAGACAGAUCACAAAAGACUUGAAAAUCAUCAGCGUACUCGGCAUGUUUUACGUCGGAUUGGAGCGAGCAACUGACACCAAGAGCAGAGGUUCCGUACAACGAAAGCGAUAUGCAUGUCUUCUAGGGAACUUUUUAAGGAGCAGAAAAGCGUCAUUUUCGAUUUUUGUCAAAAAAGAUCUUUCAUAUAGAUACCGUGUUGUUUAUGGUGUUGGCAAGAAUACCUUAGCCAACCAGUUUGUACAGCAGAAAGUCAUAAUCAAUCCCAUCAAGUACAAUUUUUUGGUCGAAAUCUUGUAUAUACAGGUGGGUUUUUGUUAUUGAAGAACGUGUGACGCGUGCAGCAAUGGUGUUGCGUGGAUUAGAUAGGUAAGAUCGGUUUGGUCAAAACAGUAUAACUAUGAAAGUUCGUAAAUUGCAAGCAAUUCUAUACACAAUUACUUUUUGAUUACAAAGCACUUUAUCAACAUAACACGUACUUUGUUAUAAAAAGAGCUAUAUCAGAAAUACCGUCAUGUAUGCUUCUCUAUUGACGAGAGUAAUUUGCAUCAUGUGAGCCCAUCGUUAUAUACGGCGCCAUUUAAUUGCUUGCAGGAUUGAGCAGUUGACGCGAAAUUGGUCAUUCCGAAGACAUAGCUGUUUUCUUUUCGGAUAGUGAUCAAAACCCUGUACAAGCAUCGAUCAUCUUAUCUGAUUUUGGAUUUAAAGGCAAUAAUUACUGUUGCCCAUGCAUAGAAGCGCGUACGUCUGUUAUAAAGAAAACGCUUGAUGCGACAAAAAAGAGUUUCUGGUUAGGUAGACUGAAGUCACAAUGGGAAGUAGCCUUGAGGUUAAUGAUCGAACAAAGAUAAUUAUUUUUCUAACCGUUAAAUAUUCGUGACGUGUUACAGUGGUCUUCUACGUUUCAUUGUUAUAACAGGACAGUCUCAGCGUUCCUUUUGUUUAUUUAGUUCCUGCAAAGGCCUGACUUGCAGGAACCGCCGCCCAGUUUUACGUUACAGAGAAAACACGGUUGCCACUUUGUGCUUUCCAUCAGAUAGCUUGUACAGUAUCACCACCGAACGUGCUGACUAAAAGUAUUAUUUAUAUUAGUUUCUCACGCAUGACCCGCACAGACGGUAAAGGACGUGAUUAUUUAUUAAAUCACUAUUGUUAUUAUUAAGAAUACAUUACGGCUGGACAAUACAACGAUACUAAGUGGACCAUUAUAAUAUACAUGUUGAUAACAAGCGACUAAAUUAGCAAUUAUGAGGGCAAAACUCAGUAUCCAAUCAGAUAUACCCGUGCUUUUAUUAACGUGUAAUUGUAAAGACUCAAUUAUUGUCCAGUUAUUAUUGGAAUACAGUCUAACCGCUGAUGGAGCACUUAUCCCCAGAAGGCAGCUCCGUGGGCCUUUCUAUAGUACAUAAACUAUAUGAAACGACCUGUCUGGCCAUAUAAACAUCCAGUUCAGUUCAGAAUUUGUCUUAGACGAUACAGCACGAGGGUGAAUAGCGCGUCAUGGCGCUGGUAGCGGAGAGCCAGAGGUUGCAUCGCCGUCGACAGAACCUAUUCACGAACUGCUGGUACUAGUUAUUGUUCGGUAGUAGCAAUCCUCGGUUUGAGCCUCACGCUGCGUGAUGCCUGCUAUAUCGUCUUGUUGAUGAUGUCGCUAGUCUAUCAACACAUACUGUGAAUGUCUGCAUCUGUGUGUGAUCAACAACAACAACACCCAAAGAACCAUCAGGAUCUAUCAGGACAAAACAGACUGGCUGUGUGUACAUGCUCGGGCUUAUUUGGUUGGCCAACUAUGGGUACCCCACAAAACACCAGCUGCAGAUCGUUGUCAUCUCACUACGACGGCCUGAGCGCCUGGACGUGGUGGAGUGUCUACGACCGAAGGACCGCGCCGGCUGCCCGACAACUAUCCCACCAAAGGCUCAUUUGUGCUCGUCUAGUCCAGAGUGAUAGCAUAGCGUUGUGUCUGGGUGUAUCUGUGUGUCUGGGGAUGUAGAAAACCGCUGCUCAAGGCUGAGAAAAGUUGCUGUGAGGGGCUAGUGGUUGAAUGAUACUGUUUUCGCUAUCACCACUGCCUCCAUCACCUACUAUGCCUGAAAGCUCCGGUGCCAUUCGUUUUAUGUCACAGUCUGUGCCCGGCCUAUAUUUUUGGAGGGGUCCUCUUGUGGGCGACCAGCGCGUCGCAGGAGAAGAAGAGAGGAAGAGACAAAGUUUAGAUGGUCAGAAGAUGGCAACAUACGUAGCGUAAAUAAUAACUUCGUUGUUAGAUCUACAUCGUCAUAGUAGACGCACCAAUUGGCAGAAUGUUCCUGAUAUCACUAAACAAUAGAAUUUCGUGUAGAUGAACAGACAGGAAAAUUACAUGACAUGAAAAUUAAUUAGUAGCGCUGAUGAUGAUGAUAAUGGUGAAGAAAGUGUAAAAUAAGAUAACGAUCGCAAAUGAUAUUGGAUCCAUGGAUGUCAAAUGAUCAUAGCACUUAAUGCGCAAGGAUGAGGCCGAAUACUUGAAUGUUUCAUAGUAUUGCGCUACGUUUACCGAAUAUUAUUGCAAAUAAUUUCGAUCGCGUACUUGUCGACUGUCUAUAUAUAAUUUACGAAGCGUUUAGCAAGACCGCAACGCAGUUUCAUUCGAAGUAACUACCAAUUUGGAUGAGUCUGCUUACGCUGAAUAAGCGAUUCAAGUCCCCGAGGAUAACGAGUGGCUUUCUGGACAAGUACACGUGUUUCAUGAGAUCCCAUGGCCAAAUGGCCGAGUAAUGACUACCGACUGUAACAUCAGAAUACAGGAGGAGAGGAAGAUGCAUUUCGAACCGAGAAGAGUGAAGAAUGACGCUAGAGAAUCAUCCCAAGCUAAGAAGAAAUUGCUACUCAAUGCAUACGGUGGUCUCUACAGUGUCCUAUUCAAUUCUACGAGAAAUUCGCUAAAGGCACAGUUCUUAAGCAAAUUUUUUAUAGUCGAUAACGGAUUAUCCUGUUCACUUUUUCUCCGGCGCUAUGGAGCGCAGAGCCGUUCUUACGCCACUAUCACCGCUCGACGUUACUCCACUGUAUGACGGCAUAUCGAAUAUGCUUAAUCUGGAAAGGAUGGAGUCGCACCCUUCAGCUGUUUCUCCGGAUGAGGAGGUCAUUCGACUUCGGGGCCGACGAUCGUUCGAGCCGCAUUCACCAAUCAAUAUUGCUCGAUACAGCUCACAGAACAUCAGCCCGAUGAAGAAAGUCAAAUCUCCAGCUAAAGUCCUCCAGUUCCGUUCACCCCGCAAACGUCUUCAGAUGGAUUUGGUUGACGGUGUCGGUGGAACCCCUCGUGGUCCCUCAUCACCAGCAAAAAGGUUCCGUGUUUCGCUUCAUGGCCUUGAUGAACGAGCCUCAGACCCAGUGGCACAGUUACAUUCCCUAAAUAAGGGACAACUGCGAGGCCUGCUUCAACGUGCUUUGUCGGAAGAGGCGGUGCGCGCGCAGUUAGCACCACAUAUGCCGGCUCCAGAUCUCACUCGAAUGGAAGCUAAACUGCAGCAGCGCUUAAGAGCAGUUCAGGUGGCUCAAGGAGGGGCAGGACGGCAUCACUCGCAACCGAGUCCACCAACGUUUUCUAAGAGGCUUCAUCCUGUUCUUGAUGAAUUUCGAACGAAGAUUACCUCACAUGUCGAGGGUCUGCUCAAAGAUGGUAUGCUCAUUAUAGGUGAACAAUGGACCGGUGGGGUGGAGUAUGUCCUUUUAGCAUGGCCGUAUGUUCGCCAACUACCCGAAUGGCGCGAGCAGGUACAGAAUCGAACACGACUCGCCUGCUUUAAAUUACUUGCUGGACUUCUAGCUACCUGUCUACCGCGGUGUUCUAACCUUACUGAUGCGCAUAAGGAGACGCUUGCGCGAAGAAUUUCAGCUAUGAAGCCUGACUGUCCACAAGUGGUUUUACCGCUAGUGAGCGCGUUGCAUGCCGAUACCACUCCAGCCAACUGACGUCUCAUCCUCGAGAGACAGCAGCCUAUAAACAAGAACUUACGGUAACGAAACAUCGAAGUUUUCCUUUGCAAGAAACAAGCGAAAGGCUUCCCGCUAUUCACGCAUGAAUACCACUGACUGGAUAUUUGUCAUUUAUAAAUAUCCUCCAAUGAUGGCCCUGCAAAAUCACCACUUAAGUGGUCGUCACCGGACUAUACCGAAAAAUCUUGCAGAUGAUCUAUGCAUCGUAUGUUUUAUCUGCGUGUGGGCGAGGAAGUUCAGUAUCUUCACUGCAGCAAGCACUGUAUCUAAAUAUGAUAAAUAAGUAUGAACAGUGUUAUCUAAUAACUAUUACGAUGGCUUUGAGCACACUACAUACACAAAUCAACUCUGACGGAUUCACAUGACAGUUUAUGCGAAGAAUUUUUGCCGUCUCUUAAUUAUGAUGUACCUGCGCGAUGAGACACACACAUACGCGAACACGACUAUAUAUCGUUACAUAUGUAGCACACACAAAAUAGAUAUUUUGAAAAUAGGGAUAAUAUAGAAAUAUUCGAUACAGAAUCAAAGUAACUUCGAAGGGAAUGCCUUAAUGGUCGAUCUUCACUAAUUUACUUAAAGACCAAGAUUCAUAUGACAUCUUAUGUAAACGUUCGAUUAAAUUUCAAACGAACAGAAAAAAACCGUGUAUCGUCAACCAGUAUCUAGAAAUAGAAUUAAGUUUAAACAAAUGAGUCGUUACAUAUUAUGAAGGACGGUCUCAUCUCAGGCAUUUAAGUAUAAAAAGUUCGCUUGAAGCACCAUUGUAGUCGAUCUUGCGUGCGACCGUUUUUCUUCGAGCAAUAAAUUUAGUCAAACAAGAAAACAAAUAAAAAAAAAUAUCUAGCGUAUUGCAUUUACCAUAAAAAGCUCACAAAUCGCAGUAGUCUGGAUCUGCGUCUGCGCAGUGUCACGCGAACAGUUGCGAAAAGCUACAAAGAAGUACGAUAGGUACAUCGGCAUUUACCUAUUGAUUAUACAUAAAGAAAGACUGCGUACGGCCGGCCGCAUUAAGACAUCGUUUUAUAGCGGCUUGCACCAAUAACUAUUUUCUCAGCAAGUCAAUCGACAAGCAUCUAUUCAAAAUGCAUACGUACUUGCCAAACAAAACAAGGAAGGAUUAGUGUGUUCCAAUAUUUAUCGAAUCCAUCAUGAACUGGGCAUGAUCCUGGUUUUUGAAAGAGAGAAAGAAAAUCUUUCUCUAACCUAAUCUUGUUUGUUAUUGCUUUGUUUAUAUUGUGACGUCAACAUAAAUUUGAUAGUUUAGCUAAGUGAGCCACGCGUCGUUUUCCAGACAGUAGGAGUCUAACGAAAUACGCAGGAUUAGACGGAGCCUUUAGCUACCGUGCCAUUAUAAGCGUAAACUAAUUCCGACGUGCAACAUCAGACACAAAUUUCGUUCUGCAAAAAUAAAUCACAGUCCUUCUCUAUUUAAUACAGCCUGUCGUUAUAAUAUCAUUGUUAAGAAAUAUAGACUCCCUCUGUAAAUUUAUACUGUGACUUUAACAUAGCAGUUAUGUGCGUCUUGCAAAAAGAAAUCGAGAUUAUAUUGGCACACACUGGGUCUCUUUUAAACAAUCGGUGCCUACAAGAGUAAUUCCCCAAUAAAAUGCUCUAGUAAAAGGUGAUCUGUACAAGGUUAAAAGAAGUGGAUGCCAUCGUUUCUGUACGUGCCCUUAGGCAGAUAUUGGGUCGGCGCUUCUUCGGACACGCUGCUGUAUCAUGUGAGGAAAACAAAAAAACAAGGCUUCCUCCAUUCAUUUACUGUUUUCCCCGGUGAUAAUAAACAUUCCCAAACAGA